AUGCAGAUGGAGAUGGAGAUGGAGAUGGAGAUGUGCGAUGAGGGCAACGGGUCAAGCUUGGAGUUGAGGAUUUCUAUGCAAUCUUGCGUCGCCUCCCUGGUCCCUCCCUCCUCCCAGCGUCGCCUCCCUGGUCCCUCCCUCCUCCCAGCGUUGCCUCCCUGGUCCCUCCCUCCUCCCAGCGUCGCCUCCUCCGCAGUGCCAAGCUCCAGCGCCCAAAACUCCCUCCCUGCCCUAGCCUCGCGAUUUCUUCUCCAGCGUCGCCUCCUCCCAGCGUCGCCUCCUCCGCAGUGCCAAGCUCCAGCGCCCAAAACUCCCUCCCUGCCCUACCCUCUCGACGACCAGCGCCGCCUCCCUCCCUCCGACCUCCACUGCCGCCUCCUCCCAGCGUCGGGGACCUCCAGCGCCGCCCUCGUCGCCUGCGGCCUCCCGUCCUCCACCUCCUGCCGACCUCCAGCUUCACCUCCGUUUUGUUUAGAGUUUCAAGUAAUUAUCAUGGAGGGUGAAUCUACGAGUUGUCGUCAUUUGAAUUUUAACGAAAAUGAAGCUAGUCGGGAAGGGGACUUUGAUGUUAUUGAUGAAGGCUUAAAUAUUGAAACAGAUUUGGAUAUACCACAAAUGGGGUUGGAAUUUGAUACAGAAGAAGAUGCAUAUCAAUUUUAUUUGUCAUAUGCUAAAAAAGUUGGAUUUGGCAUAAGGAGAGGUAAAAUCCACAAUGAUAAAUCGGGUAAAUUACUUGAUAGAGUUUUUUAUUGUUGUGCCCAAGGCAAAAGAGGAAAAGACAAACGAGAUAUUUAUGUCAAAGCAAGUCGUGAUGAAACUAGAUUUGGUUGUGAGGCUAAAAUGAAGAUUAGUAAUCGGAGAAAAAGCAAGUUUACUGUGGUGCAAUUUGUUAAAGAGCAUAAUCAUUAUCUCUCAAGUCCAAACAAAACUCAUCUCUAUAGAAGUCAUAGAAAUAUAUCUUUUUCUGCAGCGAAACAGAUUGAGUUUGCAAGUGAUGUGGGAAUCCCCCCAAAAGCAUCUCAUGAUCUUAUGGUGAGACAAGUAGGUGGGAGGGAGAAUUUAGGAUUUAUUGCUGAGGAUUACAAAAACUACUUGCGAUCCAAAAGAACAAUAAAUAUGAGAGUUGGGGAUACAGGAGGUGUAUUGGAGUAUUUGCAGAAAAUGCAGUUUGAUGAUCCUAAUUUUUUUUAUGCUAUUCAAGUUGAUGAAGAUGAUUUGAUUACUAAUAUUUUUUGGUCUGAUGCUAAGAUAAGAGCUGAUUAUGCUAAUUUUGGAGAUGUUGUUUGCUUUGAUACAACCUACAGAAAAAACAAUGAAGGUCGGCCAAUUGUGUUGUUUGUGGGUGUUAAUCAUCAUAAACAAUCGAUACUUUUUGGUGUUGCUUUAUUAUAUGAUGAAACUAGUUUGACUUUUGAGUGGUUGUUUAAUACAUUAACUAAAGCUAUGGGUGAGAAAAAACCAACUACUAUUCUUACGGAUCAAGAUGCAGCAAUGGCAAAGGCAUUAGCUUCUAGAUGGCCUGAAACACAUCAUCGUUUGUGCAUUUGGCACAUUUAUCAAAAUGCCGCCAUACAUUUGAGUGGAGUUUUUUCUCAGUUUAGAGACUUUGCUAAAGAUUUUGCCUCAUGUGUAUAUGAUUUUGAUGAAGAGGAAGAUUUUAUUUCAGCAUGGAACAUUAUGUUGGCCAAGUAUGCACUUGAAGAUAAUGAUUGGUUGAGGCGCAUGUACAACAUAAAGGAAAAGUGGGCUUUAGUAUAUGGACGACAAAUGUUUUGUGCAGAUAUGACUACAACCCAAAGAAGUGAGAGCAUGAAUAGUAUUGUGAAAAAAUAUGUCACUUAUAAACACAAGUUUUUAGACUUCUUCAAUCACUUCCAAAGACUCCUUGAUGAUCGUCGAUAUGAGGAAUUAAAAGCUGAUUUCAGAUCAAGUACAACUGUUCCAUAUUUAAUGUUUCCAAUUGAGAUUUUAAAGCGUGCUAGUGAAAUUUAUACUCCUGAGGUAUACAAGUGUUUUCAACAAGAAUGGUGCUUAUCUCAUGAUUCUAGUCUUGAAAUUUGUGAGGAUGCUGAUACAUUUGCAAAAUAUAAAGUUACUCCUCUAAAAAAGAAACACCAUCAUAUAGUUACACUUGAUAAGAAGUCUGAAAAAAUUGAGUGUAGUUGCAAAAAAUAUGAAUUUGCUGGAAUUUUGUGUUCUCAUAUUCUGAAAAUAUUUACGUGGAAUAAUAUCAUGAAGAUCCCAAGUCAGUAUGUACUGAAAAGGUGGACAAGAAAAGCAAAAAUUGGAUUUUUUGGAGUUAAUGAUUCAAUGACCAACAGUGCUAGUUUGGAUCCAAAAGUACUUCAAAACAUGCGAUACAAAGAUUUGUGUGGGUUGAAUGUUCAGUUGGUUACCAAGGCAGCAGAAAGAGAUGACACUUACAAGGUUGUUAAAGAUGUUAUGUUGAGCUUGUGUAAGAUGGUGGAUGAUAAGUUACAAGUUAAUGAAUCUAAUAUCCAACAAUCAAAAGUGAGCCAAGAAUCUUGGGAAUUUGAUUAUGGUGAAGGGAACUCUACUGGAGUGAAAGGAAUUAAAACCAAGAAGAAAACAGUCUCAGGUAAAAGGUUGAAAGGUGGGUUAGAGAAGACUUCAAGGAAAAGAAAAGCAUCGAGCAAAACAAAUCAAGCUUCAAUGAUUGGUGUAGAUCAAACUAUUUCCAGUAUGGCCAUCGUACAAUGUGACCGGAUCAAUCAACAAUCUAUUAAUUUCUCAUUAAUUGGUAGCUCCGUUGAUAAUGUUAGUAUGACUGAGUCUCAAUUCCCAUCAUUAUUAGCAUCACAACUUUCUCAAUUAGCAGCAUUUGCCAUUGCUGCACUGCUUGCAAGUUGUAAUUAA